AUGAUUACAGUUAAAAGUGGUAACAAUAACAAUUCUCAAAAUACAAAACAAAAUCUUUUAAGCAAUGUAAAAGUACAAGUGAAAAAGCUUAUGGAGGAGGCUGUGAUUCGUAGUUAUGUACAUGAAGAUAGUGAAACAGUCACAAAAUUCUGUUCAUCAGUUGAAGCUGUCCUCUUUUACGGUCUUCGUCGAAGUAUAUUCACAUGGAUUGAAGAAGAGACAACAUUUGUAUUAUGUCAAAAAAUAGCAAAAUUAUGUCCUGAAGCCCAGCAGACACUAGAUCGCCUAGAUUAUUAUAAACAGUCUAUUUUAAAACGACGUAAUGAUCAUCGGUCGAGAAGAAAUAUAUCACCUAUUCGAAUAAAAAGUACAUCAUCAAAUUCAUUGACAUCAAGUGAAAAAUCAACAUCACCAUCAGUGAAUUUUACAUUUUGGUCGAAUGAUAAUAAUAAUAAUAACAGCAAUAAUAGCAGUCAUAAUCAUAAUAUUAGUAAUUACAAUAACAAUACACUGAUUAAUGGUCGUCGAGAUACUGUAUUUCAAAAUUUUUGGAUUCGUGUUGCUCUAUUAGAAAAAGUUUUAGACAAAAUUGUAUAUUUUUUAACAAUAAAUUCAUCUCAGUAUUAUGAACAGUAUUCCCUUAUGGCUGAUCCAUGUGAUGGACAACUUAUUAGUGAUUUGUUACGCGGUCCAUGCACAAUUGAUUAUUCACGUACACGAACAACAGAUCAUUUAUUCACUGAUCCACCAGUCUCAGAAUUAAUCCAACGUCAUGGUAUUUAUGGUGGUUUAAUGUCAAGACAAUUGAGUUAUGUCCCACCUGUAAGUCAACAGUUACCAGAAGAAAAUGAUGAUGAAAAAGCAGAAGAAGAUGAUGAUGAUAAUGAUGGCUGUGAUGUUGGUGACCUUGACGCCAUGAAUAAUUCAUUAAAACAAAGCAGAAAAUCAUUGAACAAUGAAUAUAAUAAUGAUGGUUCAGUUGAAAAGACUAAAGGGAGAUGUAAAUAUAUUAAUAUUCCAGCUAUAACAAUGAAUCCUGUAGAAGAAGAAAAAGAAGAAGAUAAUGAUGAUGGCGGUAAAGAUGAAUUGGAUAAUGGCGAUUCAGGUCUGCCUAUUGAUAGUAUAAUUAAUCAUAAUCGAAAACGAUAUAACAGUCGUAAAGUUGAUUUGAAUAUCAACGCUCCAAGUAUACUGAAUCAAACUUCUUGGAUGACUAAACGAUCCAGUUCUCCACUUAUUAGUGUGAAUGAUCUACUUAUGAGUCGAGGAUCACGAACUGGUUCAUGUGCAUUUCUACCACAAAUUAAUGAAUACAAUUCAACUAAAACGAAUCGUAAUCAAAAAUCAACUAAAGAUAUAGCAAUGGCAGCUAAAGAUCAUGUAGAAUCAAUGCAUCAAAAUUUAAAAAAUAGAUUAUUAUAUGGAAAGAAUAAUGUAUUAAUGCAAACACCUAAUUCACCUGAUCCAAUUCCUGGAUACUUAUCAUUGAUUGACGGUGAAUCGGGUAAAUUAAUUGUACUCAAAUGGACACCAAAUUCAGCUGUAACAAAUCAACAGAAUUUAUCAUUAUCAAUCAAUAAUAUUAACACUGUUGGUAGUAAUACUUGUGGUGGCAGUAACAAUAAUAUUUAUUCAUCUAUGGAUUCAUUGGUUGACUCAAGAAUGGAUAUUGAUAGUAUUGGUGAUAAAGAAACCUACUGGGGUUAUGCAAUCAAAAUUAAAAUGGAUGACAUUGUUUAUGCUCAUUGUCAUGAAUCAAGUGACCAAUACACAAUUAUACUAAUUCGUAAUGACGGCAUUCAAUUGGCACCAUUUCAUUUCUAUGCUCAAAGUCAUGUUCUUACUUUUUUAAAUUGUUUAGAACAAGGUUUAAGCAAAUUUGGUGGUUAUUUAGAUCCAUCAUCUGAUCUACCAGUUACAUCACCAUGUGGACAGUCGUUUUUCAAUAAAUCCUAUCGUCCAUCAAUACCAUUCAUUUUUGCUAGUCGUAAUUCCUUAAUCCCAUCAACUAUAAAUAAUAACAAUAAUAAUAGCAAUAGUAAAUUAGACUCGUUAAUAUCGCAUUCGUCUACUUCACUAUCUCAAAUGAAUUCAUCUCCUACUCCCUCUUCUACUGCUAUACUGAAAUCAUCCAAAUCCGAUCAAUCCAUACCAAUGACAUCAAAUAUUAGUCCUACAACAGGAAGUGGUAACAUCGGCGGUGCGGGUGGUGGUGGUAGUGGUGGCAUUAAACAUCGUUUAUAUCUGAAUCUCCUGAAAGCAUUCAAUCAAUUAGAUGAGUUGAAUAGUGACGAUUCACGUAGAACAAGUAUUUCACCAUCUUUGGAUUCAUCAUCAACUGAAAAAUCUCCUGUUCAGCAUGCAUAUCAGAUUGUAUCAAAAACUGGUAGUGUGACAUCACCAAAGUUUAGAACUUCUCCAACAGGAUUUGACUUCACUAAAACUUCAUUACGGCCAAAGAAAAUUUCAUUACAAGGCAUUUCAGAAGAAAAUAUCGAUGAUAGCAAUGCUAUUGAUGAGGAUAAUGAAAGUGUUGACAGUGAUGCUGAGACAGUACAGUUAACUGAAAAACGAACUACUCCUGAUGUAUGCACAAAAUUAAGAAUUAAAAUAUUAUCUCAUAUAUUUCAUAAAUGGUAUAAAUAUUUUACUAAAAUUCAAAUUGUACGCAAAAAACUGUCUAAUCUUGUUUCAACAAAUUUAUUGACUGUUGAUAGUCCAACUAAUGCUGAAGAAGGUGUAACUGUAGAGUUUUGGAGACAAUUAAUGACAAACUCUAUACCAAAAAUUACAUUCAAUGAAUUUUGUCGACAUGUAUACUUUGGUAAUUGUGAUCCAACGAUUAGAAAUGAAGUAUGGCCUUAUUUAUUGGGUUUAUAUCCAUGGGAUUCAACUAGGGAACAGUUGAAUGUAAUCAAUCAAAAACAAACUGAAAUCUAUACAAAUGCUUUAAAUACAUGGAAUCGUGUUGUUGACUGUUUACAACAAGAUACUAAAUACGCUAGUUUCCUUGGAAUUAAACCAAUCAAAUGUGAAACAUUUAAUGCUAAGAAUUUUACAACUAAUAGUAGUGAAGUACAAUGUAGUCUCGCUAAAGAAGUAAACGGAUUCAACACUUGUGAUACCGUCAACGUACAGGAAACAAAUGGUGUAAUCCAUAGCGAAACGAAUUCAGUUAAUAUCAAUGGUGAUAUUAAAACUCACAUGAUGAACAGUGAUGAAAUUCUUAGUGAAACAUCUUCUGAGCUAACAGAAUCAUCAAAUCAUUCAGUGUCGAGAAUGAAUUCACUACCACUUGUUGCCAAUGAACUAGAAAAUAAUCCCAGUCAAAAACAAUGUGAAUUUUCUUCAGAUAUCCUGGAUGCAUUCGCUGAUAAUUUAUAUCGAAUCGACAAGGAUGUUUCAAGAUGUGAUCGGAAUCAUGUCUUCUUUAUGACGCCAAAAAAAUCUACAAGUUCCACUUCAAAUGAUUUCAGUGAAUUAAGUACAAAUUUAUAUAAAUUACGUAAUAUUAUUUCAACAUGGGUAUGGUUAAAUUUAGAUGUUGGUUAUAUUCAAGGAAUGUGUGAUUUGUUGGCGCCUAUAUUAAUUAUAAUGAAUGAUGAAAUUAUAUCAUUUGGAUGUUUCACUUGUUUAAUGCGAUGGAUGUUACCAAAUUUUCCAUUAAUAAAAAAUAAUAAUAAUUCUACCAGUCAAUCAUCAUCAUCACCAUCACCAUCAUCCGCAUCAGUGUCAUCAACAUCGACUUCAUUAUUGUCUGAAACAGUUGAUCUACAAGUGGUAGGACAUAAUAAUAUGAAUGAUGAGACAAUCAACAGCACAACUGGCACAUCUCCGACAACAACAACAACAACCGUAACAACAACAACAACUGCCACGACGACAGCGACGACGUCAACAACAACAAAUCGUAAAACAUUGUUACAGCUGGCUGUGAAAGCAGCUAAACGUCGGACUACUACAGUACACAGUAAAGGAGAUACUGGUGGUGUUGGUACAGACAUUAUUCAUACUAAACACGGCCUUGUUGAUAAUCCUCAUCAACGUCUACAUUGGAUGAAUAAAACAAAAGAUGAUUCAGCACUGUUGUACACCACCACAGGGAUGAAUGGAUUAGAUCAUGUCGAUGACGUCAACGACGAUGAUGGAAGUACGAGUGAGGACUAUGCUAAACAAGAUCAACCACAACAACAACAGCAAUCUGAGCCACAACAACAACUUGUACAGUUAACUUCAAACGAGAUCACUUCACCAUAUGAUAGAAUUUUAUUGAAUACAAAUGGUAUACAAAUGUCAUGUAUGGAUAUGCGAUUUCAUUUCCUUCAAUCAUUAAUAGAAAUUUUUGAUCCAGAAAUGAAUCAGCAUUUAUCGAAAAAAGUACCUGAAGGACAAUUAUUCUUCUCAUAUCGUUGGUUAUUAUUAGACUUCAAAAGAGAAUUGAAAUACGAUGACAUAUUUCCUGUCUGGGAAACAAUAUGGGCAUCACGUAGACUGGUGUCGUAUGAUUUUGGUAUAUUUUUUGCAUUGGCUUUACUUGAAUAUUAUCGUGAUAUUAUUAUCUAUUAUGAUAUGGAUGUAACAGAGAUUAUUAGAUUCUAUAAUGAAUUAACGGAACAACAUGAUGCUAUAACACUGCUUGAAUUGGCGCGCAGCUUCGUUUUUCAAUUACAACAUUUAUUAAAUGACCAAUAA